AUGAUAGCGCAGAGCGAAGAGGCCCGGCUGAAGCAGCUAGUGGGCAAGCUAAAAAGUCAGGGUAUGUUCGACGAGGUGCAGAAAAACACGGUGGACAAAAAUAUAGUAAAAAAAAUAGCAAUCCUGUACGACGUCUUCAAACGAAUAAACGAGGGAAGCGCAUCCAUUUGCGGGAGCAGCAACUCCGAUUUCAUAUACACCAGUGACAUUAAGCAUGCAUUAAAAUACGACGACUUCGUUCGGGUGCGGUUCCACAUAAUCCCGGUGGAAAGAAAAAAAGGAAUGCUCCACUUAGGAGAGGAGGAAAAAAAUUACCACUUUAUUGAAAAUAUGAAUCACAUCGUAAGUAACAUAUACAACCCCUCCAGUUACGACCAGUUCUUAAAUAACCGAGUGCAGGAAGACAAGGACAAACUAACCUGCAUGAUGAAGUGCCUUAACGAAAUAGAGUCUGCAUAUAUAUACCGGUACCGUAGUGACAACAAUAUUAAAAUAACGUUUGAAAUUUUCUGUCACAAUUUUUACACAUUCUUAUCAUACGAUUAUAAGAGGAAGUCGUGCAUACAAAACUUUUGCAACAAAUACGCCAACGUGGAAGUGACAAACCCCUUUCAGUUGUCCACUCCUCAGAAUAUGUUUCACAUAAAUUCGAUUGGGACUGUCAUGCAUCCGUCAGCUGAUCAGUAUGAAAGGGACACUUUAGAGAAACUUAAGCCCUUCAUUCUGGAGUCGCUCGAAAUGGUCAAGGAGUUUCACGGAACAGGUGAUGAGAGGAAGCCUCCCUUUGGAGGGGCCCAACUGGACAACGACUUUUUCGUUAAAAAUACCCACUACGAGGAUGACAUGCGGAACCUCAUUAAAAUGGAGAGGGCCGCCAACGAGUAUAGGCGCUUGCGUACGGGCCUGGCAAAGCGGUAA